GAGUGAGAUUCCAGGAGGUUUCUUCUCUGGUGGCGCUGGCUAUGUGCUCUCAAAAGCAGCCGUAAGACGCUUCGUUCUACUCGGAUUUGAUUUCAAUAAACUGUGUCCUCCAUUUGCUACCAAGGAGGACGUUCGAACAACUGAAUGCGCCAGACAUGCGGGUGUGAAGACCGUCGAAAUUCUGCACGACGAUGGGGUCCAGCUGUUACAUCCAUACAGCUUGGCCAGUAGGUUUGAUGAAAUGAACACAACGGCACAACUAAUGGACCUUUACUCACAGCCGUUUGUACGCAGGGCACGAGUAGCUGGGAUUUAGUGCCAGACAUAUCGGAUUUCACUACAUGGAUGCAGUCGACUUAUACAUUACGGAAUUCAUCACAUAUCACUUGCGACCGGUGGGGGUUUCAUGAACUCAACCACAGCGCAACGGCUAUCUCGACCAUUCCGUGUUUGCUUUUGCCAUCGUUCCAUGUUUUCGCCCUGUUUGAUAUCACACUUGUUUCCAUCGUUGGAAGUAAAAUAAUUCAUUUGAAGAAUCACUUCCGUUGAUUCAUGUUCUGUGACGUAUACCAUACGGAAGUAAUGUGCCAGCUUUUGUCCAUCUGAUUUCUCAUGAUUUGCAUAGCUUAGUUGAUCAUCUUUUUUAGAUUUAAUCAACAAAUAGAUAUUUGAAUAUACGCAUAACAUUGGUGUUUAUGGAGCUCAUAAAUGCAAAUAAAAUAUGUAUUGCUCAACCA